GGCAGGGGCGCCCGGGAGCCGCCGUUUCAGUCUCCCCGUGAGAGUCGCACCUGCGAGGGCGCGGCCUCUGCCCCGGACGCUCCCACGCGGGUUAUCCGUCGGGCGCGCCGCCUCCAAACAAGCUCAGCAGGAAAUGUUAUCUCUGAGUUAAAGCGUUUGGGGAGAAAGGGGCUGACGAAGGUGCCCGUUGGGGGCUUGGUGCUGAGCGUGGUCCUGUGGGAGCACCUGGAGCCCUCAGGCCCCGGCGCUGGAUCCGGACCAGCCGCUGGCCCCUGAGGCUGAGAGUGACCGCGGUGCCGUCUUCACGGGGUCAGGGGAAGACCCGGGUCCACGUCACCUUCCUGGUUGGGGGGUGGGAUGCGGAUUCCUGAGGCUGAAACGCGGCUGCUUUGGGGGUGAAUACACUGUGUGGGGUAGGAAAACAUAGAGCCCUGGUUUGAAGAGUGAACUUGAUGCUAGAAAGCCAAGGAUUUGUCCGGUCUGCCACUUCCAGGAGCGGGGGCCUUAAAUCCUCCCCACUGGUGGGAUUGACGUGAAUCAUUCCUGAAGUUUUGUAUAAAGCAGUAGCUGUUUGAGCUGAGCCAGCCUCAGAUCCCACAGCUGUAAGUUAGGGGGAUGCGGUGUUGGUAAGUCUUGCCCACCUCACGAGGUUGUUACCUGAGAGAGUUACGGGAACACGCUUGGAAAGUCAGCCCUAAAGCCCUGUGUGGAUAUGUGUGCAGACUGUCGGUGAGUUUUAAUCUGUGCCCCCCGAGCGCCAGGAAGUGCAGUGUAGCCCAGAGGGUUAGGGCUCAGCCUCUGCAGCCCGCUGCCCGCUGCCCGCGACCUUGGGCUGCCUGUGGCUGCGGGCGGCCUCCUAACGCCUCUGUGCUUCCAUUGACCUGGGCGGGUGGGUCAUUUGUUAAAGGUCAAGGGCAGGUCUGGCACACGCCAAGUGGUAGCUAAGUGCUUGUGAAAUAAAAUCACGAGCCACCGGGCAAGCCCCCUGCCCACUAAGGUCCGAGGUGUUAGGGUGACGAUCGUGACAUGUUGUCUUACUCUUGUGUUUAAGAAAUGGAAGAACUGGCAGAGCAUGGGGUGUUCCUCCCUCCGAAUAUGCAGGGGCUGACUGACGACCAGGUUGAAGAGCUGAAGUUAAGGGACGAGUGGGGUGAGAAGUGCGUGCCCAGCGGAGGCGCCGUGUUUAAGAAGGACGACAUUGGACGAAGGAAUGGGCAGGCUCCAAAUGAAAAAAUGAAGCAAGUUUUAAAGAAGACUAUAGAAGAAGCCAAAGCAAUAAUAUCUAAGAAACAAGUGGAAGCCGGUGUCUGUGUUACCAUGGAGAUGGUGAAGGAUGCCCUGGAUCAGCUCCGGGGGGCAGUGAUGAUUGUCUAUCCCAUGGGCCUGCCACCCUACGACCCCAUCCGGAUGGAAUUUGAAAAUAAAGAAGACUUGUCAGGAACUCAGGCAGGACUCAGUGUGGUCGAGGAGUCGGAAGCACAGCUGUGGUGGGCGGCCAAGGAGCUGAGAAGAACCAAGAAGCUCUCAGACUACGUGGGCAGGAACGAGAAAACCAAGAUCAUCGUCAAGAUCCAGCAGAGGGGACAGGGCGCCCCAGCCCGAGAGCCGGUGAUCAGCAGCGAGGAGCAGAAGCAGCUGAUGCUGUACUACCACCGCCGGCAGGAGGAGCUCAAGAAACUGGAAGAAAAUGACGAUGACUCCUGUCUGGAUUCUCCGUGGGCAGACAGCUCUGCUCUGAAGAGACACUUUCAGGGCGUGAAAGACAUAAAGUGGAGACCAGGGUGAGGCGCCGUGGUGACGCCCCCAGGAGUAUCCGCUUGCCUCUGGGCAAGCUGUGACAGUGGUGACGGUGGCCACGGAGAGGGACCCGCACAGUCCCGUGAACAAGGUUGAAAUUCCUGGUUUUCCUAGUUUCUCUGAGUUUGAAUUUUUACAAUAAAAUUUACUUAAAGCUGUAGAACUUAAAAAAUAUAUCCCCAGAAA